AUGGCGACCCAAAAGUUUAGUGGACCAUCCCCAUACAAACUGCCCGCUACUUACCCAAAGGAAGACUAUUUCCACACAGACUACGUGAACAACGUGACAUUGAAUCAUGAUGUCAAGCCUCCAAAAAAACCAGUUGUGGCUGCUAUCUUUGGUCUCGGUCGUGCCGGCUCCAUCCACUUGACCAGCAUCAUCAACAACACUCGCAUCGUCCUCAAGUACGUCGUUGAUGACCGCACGGAGAGAUUUGCUGACCUCAAGAAGUACUGGAACUUCGGAAAUGAUGUUACACUGCUAGCUUCUAGCGAUGCUCAACGCGUCUACAAUGACAAAGAAGUCAACGUUGUGUUCAUUGGUUCUCCAACUUGGACUCACCACGACAUCGUAGUCAACUCCAUUGCUAACAACAAGGAUGUCUUCUGUGAGAAACCUAUUGCGGAAAAUAUUGAAGAUACUAAGAAGUGCUACGAAGCCGCUAAGUCUAAGGGCCGUGUCCUUUUCUCGGCUUUCAACCGUCGUUUUGACCCCUCCUACAGGGCCUUGAAAAACAGAGUGAGAAACGGAGAAGUUGGCCAUGUACAGAUACUUAAAGUGACUGCCAGAGACUCACCUCUACCUUCCAUUGACUACCUCAAAACAUCUGGUGGCGUAUUCCACGACUGCUUGGUACACGACUUCGACAUGGCCUGCUGGGUGCUCGGAGAACUGCCUUGCCGUGUCCAAGCCUCCGCUUCUGCCCUUAUUCCCGAAGUAAAGGCUAUCGAUGACUUUGACACCAUCGCCUUCCUUCUCACGUACCCAUCGGGAACCGUCGUCUUAGGAGACAACAGCCGUUACUCUGCCUACGGCUAUGAUCAACGAUUGGAAGUUUUCGGAAAUAAAGGUAUGAUUAAGGUUGAAAAUGAGAGGCCGUACCACUCGACUCAGGCAUACAUUGGCCAUGAAGGCGUCAAGGAAAGUCCUAUCUACUACUCCUUCCCGUCACGGUUCAGGGAGGGCUACAAAAACGAAUUGGAGCACUUCUUAGACGUCGUAACUCGUGGAGUCCCAAUGGAGGUUACUGACUAUCAGACUCUUGCCAUCAGUAAGAUUGCUACUGCAGCCGAAGAGAGCGCCCGUACUGGUAAAUCUGUGGAGCUUGACUGGAGUAAGGACGGCAUUCCCGCCAACUAUUCAUAA